CGCAGGCUUCAAGGCGACAAAGCGCGACCAGGAGUUGCACGCGUACUUUGCAAGCUCGAUCUCUUGCUGAAGCAUGCUUGGAUUGCGCGGGGCGUUGCAGGCGAUGCUGCGCUGUCUUUCUCCGUUGCACCAGCCGCUUCGGUAGCUGCUCCUUGCCCCUGGCUCGAAUCGUUUAAAAGUUAGCCGUCGUUGACGCUGCAACCACCUGAAUCAGGACAUCAGACCUAUUUCCUGGUGAAACUUUAGAUGACCUGUAUCAUCAGCCUCUGUUUUUAAAAUGGCAAGUGCUACUUUGCGCCAUGGAGUGACCAUCACUGGAGCUAUCCUGCUGGUGACGGGGACUCUCUGUUUUGCUUGGUGGAGUGAUGGCGAGAUGGGAGCCGCCCCAUCUAGCAGUGAGCCAAAGAUCAUGCCUGAUGGAGAGGCCGGACCAGUGGCAAGCUCUUCUUCCUCUAAUGCGGUGCUCAGGUCCAUAAGCUUCUUCUGCUGUGGAAUUGGCGGUCUCCUCCUCCUCUUUGGCCUUCUGUGGUCAGCCAAUGCUGGGAUAGUUUCUCGCCGCUAUCAGUACCAUUUUUCCAGGGACCUUCAUUACUCCACCGUGGAGCCUCUUGAGAAACAGACCUGCAGCACCUGGGAUCCAAGCACUAUUCCCUCCUAUGAAGAAGCCUUGAAUUGCCAGCCUGCUGAAAAUGCCCCAAACUGCACACAGCCCAACAGCCUGAAGGAGAGCAGGCCCCCCUUGUAUCAAGUGGUGGACGAAAACGACACACGGCAUGCCGGCCGUAGGCGCAGCUCCUCUGAUAGCGUUUUGUUCCGGAAUAUUCUGCCAAGGCUGGAGUCAGCAUCGUGGGAUGACUCGAGCAUUGUCUGCGGCACUCCGCCCCCUAGCUAUGAGAGUGUUCGCUCGUGCGACGGAUGAUCUUGGGAUCAGGUUUACCUUGCUUGGGAAUCUCUAGAUUACUCUUGAGCUGACACCUGCCUGCCUUUUUCUUAAAUUAAUUAUUUGUGGCAAGCUGGAGUGGAAAAGCUAAAUAGCUAUUAAAAAUACGAACAACUGUUUUGUCUUUUUGUAGGGGUCCCUGCCGGAGGUCGGUCUCGACCUUGCUUUUUUUAGUGUGCGACUAAUGUGAAUACAAUGCUUCAUGUGCCGAGAAUGAUACUUCAGAAGCACAUACUAAGUGCAUAGAAAAUUCAAACUUCUGCUAAAUGAAAGAACUGCUUUCAUAGGUUACACUGCUACAGGCCUUUAAGGACAGUACACAGCGAAUUUGGGUAACCAGGCUGUGGAUAUAUGACAUUUUGAAAAUGUUCUGAAAUGCUCUUAAUAAAAUUGCUAUCAAUUCUGAAUUGUUUUAUAUGCAUAGCGGGGAUAUAGGCAAAUGUGUUUGAGUUCUGAACACCAAAGGCAAUAUCCAAUGCAUGCAAUGAAACUUCCUCUUCCUCUCCUGUGCCCUCCAGCUUCUCAAAAUCAGCUCCAGAGGGUUGGGAACCUUGUGAAGCAGAUUUCUUUUGGGGAGGGUUCGGGGGAAGGAGGAAGAAAGGAAACGGAAGUCCCAUGGCAUCGGUACAACUCUGUUGGUGUAGCAUUGGAUUACAACUCCAUGUAUUGUGGCAGAGAAAGGUUUCUAUCAGUGCUGGAAGGUUUCCUAAGUACAGUGGUACCUCGGGUUAAGAACUUAAUUUGUCCUGGAGGUCCGUUCUUAACCUGAAACUGUUCUUAACCUGAGGCACCACUUUAGCUAAUGGGGCCUCCCGCUGCCGCCGUGCCACCGUCGCACAAUUUCUGUUCUCAUCCUGAAGCAAAGUUCUUAACCCGAGGUACUAUUUCUGGGUUGGCGGAGUCUGUAACCUGAAGCGCCUGUAACCCGAGGUACCACUGUAGCCCCUAGAAGCCAUUAUUUGAUUAUAUUUGGCCAAAUGUUAUUCUUAACGAGGUCAUACUUGAAUGGGGACAAAAUUCAGUUUCAAGCCAGCAUCCCAGUCUUGAAUAUAAAUGCUAUCUAUCGAGACCGCAUUAUCUUUCAUAGUUAUGGUGUGUGAAUGGUCUUCAGUAGGUCUGGACUCCGGGAGAGUUUCUUUGCAAAUGUUGCUGAUGAGUUACGGAGAAAGUUUUGGUGAGCUGGGAUGGAGAGGGUGGUGCUACUGGUU